CGCCAGGUCUUUCGUGGUCGUGUCGGGCUGCUCAUUGUCCGUUAUCUCACCAACAUGAAGCUUAACAUUGCCAACCCCCACACCGGGACCCAAAAAGUGCUCGAAAUCGAUGACGAGCACAAGCUGCGCGCCUUCUACGAAAAGCGCAUGACCCAGGAAGUCGACGGCGAACACUUGGGCGAAGAAUUCAAGGGCUUCGUCUUCAAGAUCUCGGGCGGUAACGACAAGCAAGGGUUCCCCAUGAAGCAAGGUGUGUUGACCAACGGUCGCGCGCGCCUUCUCUUGAGCAAGGGCAAGUCCUGCUACCGCCCACGCCGAAAGGGUGAGCGCAAGCGCAAGUCUGUGCGUGGGUGCAUCGUCGGCCCCGACCUCUCGGUGCUCAACUUGGUGGUCGUCAAGACUGGCGACAACGAAGUCGCUGGCUUGACCGACGGCCACAUCCCCCGUCGCUUGGGACCUAAGCGCGCGUCCAACAUCCGCAAGUUGUUCAACUUGACCAAGGAAGACGAUGUGCGCAAGUACGUCAUCCGUCGCAAGUUCGACUCGAAGACGGGCAAGAAGAACGACAAGGCGCCCAAGAUCCAGCGCCUGGUCACUCCUCGCACCUUGCACCACAAGGCCCAAAUCGCGGCCAAGAUUGUGACCCAGCGCGAAAAAGUAAAGCGCGAUGCCGCCGAGUACUCUCGCCUGUACACCCAGCGUGUUAAGGAGCAGAAGGAACGUCGUGCCUCGGAAGUCGCCAAGCGCCGCAGCAGCCGCAAGGCUUCUGAAGUCAAGGCGGCCAAGAACUAAGAACUCGUUCGUUCGGUUUGGCAAUUUGGCGAUUUCAUCCUCCCGUUGCGCAAUGUGCUGGUGUAUGUCUUGGACAAGGCACGCACCUUCACACUCGCAAUGAACAACAUUAAGCUUCAGUUAACAAUGGUGACACAAACGUAUUACUAGUACUUUUCAUGGCACUGGACAACGACAGUCUGUUUAAUA